UCUCGCCUUUUCGUUUCACGCAUCCCAGAUGGUUCCGACGCUCUCGUUGUGAUGUUCUUCGCUGUAUCUCCAACGAGCAACGGAAAGGAGUCCGUUAUGGGUUCCGUAGUUACGUAAACAUGUUCCCGGUACUUUUUUCGAUGAAGAUUUUAGGUUUAAGACUAUGCUGUCUCUUUCUCGCAGUGGCAUUCGGCUCAUGCUUACCAGAUGGCGAUUUGUGCAAAUGGAUGAACGGUCGAAAGUACUACAUCGAUGUGGGCGAAUCCGGUAUCAUAAGUGUGGAAAACACUACCAGUCUUGGCAAAGAUCCGAACCAACCACAAAUUCCCCAGCGAUGUAGUGUCGAACUUAUCACUUGCCCGUCUUGCCAUCUGGAAAUCUCUUUGCAGAGGCUGGAUAUACCCACUUGUUCCAACGAUAACACCUGCAGAUGUGAUUUCCUGUGGAUCAAGGAAUCUGCGUACAGCAAGUCAGGCCGCGAAUUUUGUGGUUUGAAGGAGAAUGGUUCUUUGGAUCUCGUUUACGAAUCCAAGACAAAACUCGUGUCUGUGGACUUUCUCUACAGCGGUUCCUACAAGGAAGCCUUCAGCCUCCAUUUCGCAGCGAAAAAAAAUAUAUACAUCUACAAGGGAGGCCAUGAUUACUAUAAAGGCAACAGCACGGGUUUCAUCAAAUCCCCCAACUUUCCGGGUGGCUACCCCAGCGACUACAGUGCAGAAUUCAUUCUUCAGAAUGUAGAUUUGUCGGGAUUCGUGCAGCUGAUCUUUACAGACUUCCAGCUCUCUCUCUGGUCCUAUGUGGAGAUUUUCGACAGUAACGGCACUCGUAUCGACGUCUAUAAUGGUAACACGUUCAGGCCUCCAGCCAUCAUCUCUUCUGGUCCCACGCUGACGGUCAAGUUUCAGGCCAAUGACGAAUACCCGAGCACGGGCUUCCAGGCCAAGUACACUUUUGUCAGCUAUCCAGAAAAAUACUGGGUGAACCGUCCUUCAACUGAUUGCGGUGGCUUCGUGGAGGAUUCCGGAGGUGCCAUCACCAUGAUGAACAUGGUGCCUAGCAAUACUUUGCGGGCCUUCGACUGCAUCUGGCUGAUACGACCCAGAAAUUCACACAUUCCAGAUACACAGGUCUCCAUCCGUGUGGCUCAGUUCGAAGAAAUGGGACCGAAAUCGAUCUUGAGCAUCCGACAAGGUCAGCAUUCCGAUGCCCCACUUCUAGAGUCGGUGACAACCUACCAGCACCAUAAGAUGCCACGAGGGCAAGAAUUCAUCGUGCCCGCCACUAGUGGCUUCUACAUACGUCUGAUAGGUUAUUUUACGAACAAGUCUCACUUGGCCAUCAUCUACACCACCUUUCGAUAUGAAGGUUGCUACGCUGUCUCCGAUUUCGAAUGCGAGAACGGACGUUGCAUUAAAAGUGCUCUCAGGUGCGAUGGCUUCAACCACUGUGGAGAUGGCUCGGAUGAAUCCUCCUGCUAUGGCGCAAACCUUGGUAGCCAUUCCAGAAGAGCUAAUUGGUGGCGAACUCUUACUCCUAACUACUACUUUCCCAAACCUGAUACCGGUUCGGGAGCUGGGACCAACACCCUCAUCCUUGUAACCAGUCUAGCAGGCCUGGGUAUGUUCGUACUGACUACAGUCAUGAUCCUGGUGAAACUCCAUCGUCAGAGACAUGACGACAGCAUCAGCAGAGAGAUUCUUCAUACCAUCAGCGGUGAUUUGGAUGCAGAAAAUUCGCCUGGUCAUCAAAGCAAUUCUGAUUUGCCUUUAUAUGAUCCACCUCCUUCCUAUGAAGAUGUCAUCAAGCUCUAUCUGCCCCCACCUCCUCCUUACAGUACUGUCAACAGAGGACGCACGCGGACAAAUCGCAACCGUACUGGGGGUGUUGAGAAUAGAGCUUACAGAAAUGACAGUCCAAAUGCUGUGAGAGGCCAUGGUAGAAGAUCAAGACCCUCGCAUCGAGUAGUGCCCCAAGAGUCAACUCAUCCACUCAUAUUAAAAGUAUCCUUGCCAGAAGAAAUGGAGUCCAGUCCUCCUCCAUAUAUAAGGGGUAAUAUAAUCUGUGAUACAAAUUCUAUACCAAGUUCACAGACUCAGGAAAUCCCAUCUAGUCCUGUGGAACAAACACAGAAUGGCAUGUCUACAUAUCAAGAAGAGAACACCGAAAUGAAUAUGAUGGGUAGUUCAGAUGUGAUAAAUCAGUUAAAAUCUAGUCCUACAAAUGCCAGCGAAAGUUUUAGUAAAACUAAAGGCAAUACAGAAAACAUACAGUCUUGUGAAUGCCAAGGUGCAUGUUCAUGUCAGCUAAUCACCAAGAAAGCUGGUAAAUGCAGCAGUGAAAGCAAAGUGACUAUUUGCAACAAUAAUAAUUUAAACUCACUAGGGCCAAGUAAAACAGCUAUCAUGAAAAAACGAAGUUUCAAAGACAAGAUGCAAAAAGGGAUAAACAGAGCUUCUUCAAGUGCAAUAAUACCCCAUCCAGCUUCCAUGAUGGUUACAGUACAGCCUUCUGAAAUGAAAAGUUCCAACAUGAAGGAAAUGGACUCAAAAUCUAAAAGUGCUGGUCCGUCCUCACCUACACUCACAGCUUCCAGCCAAAUGGAAAAUGAAACAUUGGACAGCAAGCCCAAAUCUUGCUCGAUGUCCAUGUUGAGACAUCGUAGGUCAUCUUCCGGUCCAUCUGAUUUCACUAUGUCAGCUAACUGUGUUUCUAGCAUUUCUAAAGAUCCUGCUGUUGUGCGAUCACAGUCGAACUCAUUAGAAAACCAGAUUUCAACAGAUGCUCUUCAUCUCAGUCAAGUGAAACACCUUGCAUCUGUGCUGCUGGAUGGGUUACAACAGUCAUUCAGCUUCCGAAAUGAAGAAGUUGCAUCCAGUAAUCCUUCACUUACAAAAGAUGAUGAAAAGACUAUAUUGCCUGUUACUUGGACACAUUUAUUACUCCCAUCACGAAAAAAGGGAGCAGAACAUAUCGAACCAGUUUCAACAAAGGCUGAUAAAUCUUGGAAUGCCAGUGAUACUCUCCCCCUACUUCAAAAUGGGUCACAGCAGCAGCCAGCCAUUGUGAAAUUUGAGGACAAUCUUAGUCCAGUACAUAAGCAGCCAGAAACAAAAUCAUCUGAAACUGAAAAUGUGCUUGAGUAAUUAAUAAAAGAUUUAAGUUUUGAAGAGACAGAAUAUCAGAAAAAGUAACUAAUCAUUAUGGUAAAAAAAAAGUAUUCUUCACUGUAUUAAGAUGACAGCUUGUUCUGCCAAAACCUUCAAAGCAGGUCUUAAAAUAUACUUAGCACGCUUAA